AUGGCUUCAACGACCCUGAAACACAUCUGGGAAGACGAGCAUCUCUGGAGCACAGUGGUCUUCGGCGAUAGCCUUGCUUUCUUCUCGCUGUGCGUAUUUGCGGUGUAUGAGGGGCUCGAAGACGUAGUCAUGGAGUGGGCUAGGGUCGAGGCGUCUGCGCGGUAUCUCGCUAGGACGAACGAGACAUAUGCACCGGAGGUCUGGCGAGGGUCCAUUGUUCGGUCCAUGGUGACAGCUGCCAACGUCUGCUCGACCGACAACUCCGCUGAUCGUGCUCUCAGCAUGUUCUUCAAGGUUGUGCAAUGGCGCGUUGCGGGGAGACAGCAACGGCCGUCAGGUACCGCUGCUAGGAUCAGUCUAUUUGCUGCAGCGGUAGAGCUCAUGAACGCAUUAUCUUCCGGGAGGUAUCAUAACACAGGCCCUCAACUUUACUCCACUUUCCAGGGACUAUGCAACAAGAGCCACAUCCGACCCCGAAGUGAUUUUAAUGGUUCAUGGGAGCUUAGCAUUGCCCGUCUCGCACUGUAUCACCCCACUAACCCGGACCCGGACCCUACAAUCGAACUUAUGCGCGACUUGUUGGCACGCCAUGGGAGCGGUUUCGAUCCUGUGCCGCAUAUGCGGGACCCGUACAAGAGAAGCCUACAAAGAUGCCAUGAGUUGCUACGAUCACAAAAGCGCGAGCAAGACAGCGAAUGGAUUACUCAGGUAGACAAGGAUGUCUUCGGGUCGAGUCUCGACAUAUCGACGAACGUCUCGAGCAACGGAGGGCCUCACAGGGUAUGA